CUUUGCUCGCAGGGUUAGUUUUUCAAACUUUCGAAAUCCCUCCCGCUCGGAGAUUCUCGAAACCUCCUCCCCGCCAUAGCCACCGAUCCUUCUUAACGGCCUCACCGCGGGAACAAUCACAGGUCAGUCUUUACCGAUUUCUUGUGUGCACAAAUCAAUUAUUUGUGAUUGGGGUGUGUUUGGAACGGGAAAGUGUUCGGAGGUCAGAUGUCUUCCAAUUGGGCCGGGUAUACACUCUCUGUUGAUUCUGGAUCGAAGGAUGCACCCUACUGCCGCAAGCAGAAGUCGCUCGGUCUGUUGUGCACCAACUUUUUAUGUUUGUACAAUCGGGAGGGAGUCGAGACGAUUGGGCUCGACGAUGCAGCCACGCGAUUAGGAGUGGAGAGGCGGCGGAUCUAUGAUAUUGUGAAUGUUCUUGAGAGUGUUGGGAUUCUCGCAAGGAAAGGGAAAAAUAGAUACUCAUGGAAGGGAUUCGUGGCUGUGCCCAAGGCUUUGGACGACCUGAAAAAGGAUGGUUUAAGGGAUAUUGGACAAACAGCUGAUAGUGGCUCUGAGAAAGUUUCAGAUGAUGAAGACGAGAUGUGUUCAGAUAUGAACAACCUCAGUCAGAAUGAGAAGUCAGAUUCAAAUUCCGUCCCGAAAUCUGGAAGCCAACCCAAACUUGGUGAAAAUAGAAAAGAAAAGUCACUAGGGCUUCUUACACAGAACUUUGUUAAGCUCUUUCUUUGCACAGAGAUGAAUACAAUUUCUUUAGAUGAAGCAGCAAAGAUUUUGCUCGGCAAUGGAAAUCAAGCAUCAAUGACCACAAGAACUAAAGUUAGAAGGUUAUACGACAUUGCUAAUGUGCUAUCUUCAAUUAACUUCAUCGAAAAGACUCAACACCCUGAAACAAGGAAGCCUGCUUUUAGAUGGUUGGGGCUGAACGGGAAACCGGACAAUGGAACUAAGGAUUCCAUAGUUGCUAGUGAGAGUAAUAAGAGGCUGUUUGGUACCGACCUCACUAACACUACUGCAAAGAGAAUGAAGACAAUGGAUAAUGCAAAGCAAAUCCGGAAGCCGCAGAAUCCAAUUCGAGUUAAACAAGAGACAGAAACUGAUGAUGAAAGGACACAAUCGGCUGGAAACAGUUACCAGUUUGGCCCAUUUGCACCUGCCAAUGUCCCCAAGAUUGCAACCUCCCAAAAUGAUGGAAAAGAGGCCAUCGAUUGGGAAAGCUUCGCCUCUACGUACAAGCCUCAGUAUCAUAACCAAGCCCUGAAGGAUCUUUUCUCACAUUAUGUCGAGGCGUUGAAAUCAUGGUACUCUGAGGUUGCUGGGAAGAAUCCUAUACAACUGAUGUCCUAACUGGUUUGGUUCAAACCGGGAAGGAUUAACAAUGAGAGAGCAAUUGAGGUAAAGCUAAUUGACUAAUUUGAGUAUUGAUUUGUGAAGGCAUGAUGUAUGUUCUCGAUGCCUGUCCUUUACAGAAACUAGUUCUUACAUGUGAUUUUAGAGCAACCCAUUGCCGUUGCUGAUUUGAAUUUGCGAUUUCAUGUACAUCUAGGGACCUUAGCAUCCUGCCUAUUGUUCUUGUAGCUUUGUGUAUCGACCUCCUGAGCUCAAUGUGAUCGGUAUUACAUACAUUUGGCUUUAGAUUUAGAAACAUAUCUGUGAAUGAGCUU